UUAGUUUGCGAAUCCCAGUCCUCAAACCAGUCUAAAAUGGCAUUCUUUGGCAAGGAAUACAAGUUUGAGAAGCAGGAGAACUUUGAGGAUUUCGUCAAUGCUUUGGGUCUCACCCCCGAGCAGACUCAAGGCUACCUCACCUACACGCCCACUCUCAAGUUCACCCAAGAUGGCGACUCUUACACCGUGACCACCAUCACGCCCAAGACUAAGAGUGAAGUCACCUUCAAGUCUGGAGUCGAGUUCGAUGAUAACAAUGCUAAUAGACACUGCAAGACCACCUACACCGUUGCUGGCGACACCAUCACCCAGGUCCAGAAGUACGAUGACGGCAACAGCCUCACCAUCACCAGGAAGUUCUCUGGCAACGAGAUGGUUGUGACUCUGGCUACCAGCAAAUGGGACGGAGUUGCUCGCAGAUACUACAAGGCCUAAUUUCUUUAUUAUUGUAUUAAUUAAGUAUUUAUUUAUACUCUCUUUACCUUUAUCCUAAAUAUACUCAUACAUAUAUCUCUACAA